CCUGUAGCUGUAGCCUAUAUCCGACACCUAGUGUACACCUUUCAGUUGUAAGCUGUUCACCGACCGACCGCCUUCCUUCUGUUGCCAUCUCGUGCGUGUCAUCGUCUCGUCCUCUUAUUUCCUCUCCAUUACCUCUUUCUUCCCCUCCUUCUCCAAAACAUACAAAUCCAUCCGAAUUACCCAGAUACACACAAUGGUUCGCGCCACUCCCGAAUAUCUCGCUGCCCGUACGUCCAUGAUGUCUCUCCGAGCGCAAGCCCUCGAGCAGUCCAUGAUGGCCUCGCAAACAUACUACUCUACCCCCCAGCAGCCUGUUCAGCCUGUUACUGCCAACAGGGCCAAUGCAAAGGACCUCAAGCCCGAGGCCUUCACCAAGCCAUACCUCGAGUUCAUGACCGAGAACCCAACCGUUUUCCACGCUGUCGGUUACUUCAAGGAGAAGCUCGAGAAGGCCGGCUACAAGGAGCUUCACAGCAGAGACUCGUGGUCUGGCAAGAUCCAGCCCGGCGGAAAGUACUACACGACUCGCAAUGGCAGCUCCGUCAUCGCCUGGGCCGUCGGCAAGGCCUAUAAGCCAGGCAACGGUCUCGCUAUGGUCGCCGGUCACAUCGACGCCCUCACCGCCCGCCUCAAGCCCAUCAGCAAAAAGCCUAGCCACGACGGCUAUGUCCAGCUCGGUAUUGCCCAGUAUGCCGGUGCUCUUAACAGCACAUGGUGGGACAGAGAUUUGAGCAUUGGUGGUCGUGUCAUUGUUAAGGAUCCCGAAACGGGCAAGACCUCUUCCAAGCUUGUCAAGCUUGACUGGCCCAUUGCUCGCAUCCCUACUUUGGCUCCUCACUUCGGCAUUGGUAUGACCGGCCACAACAACCAGGAGACUGAGAUGACCCCCAUCAUCGGCCUCGAUAACAGCGACCUUGACGCCUCUUCCACCGCCUCCUCCGAGAAGCCCAUUGGCGGCAAGGGCUCUUUCGCCUCUACCCAGCCCCCCAAGCUCGUUAAGCUCAUUGCUUCCGAGCUCAAGAUUGAGGACUACAGCAACAUUCUCAACUGGGAGCUUGAGCUCUACGACUCUCAGCCCGCCCAGGUCGGCGGUAUUGACAAGGAGUUCAUCUUUGCCGGCCGCAUCGACGACAAGCUCUGCUCGUGGGCCGCCUUCAUGGCCCUCCUCCACGCCCGUGACGACGAGGACUCUGGCGUUAUCAAGCUUGUAGCGCUCUUCGACGACGAGGAGAUCGGCUCUCUCCUCCGCCAGGGUGCCCGCGGUAACUUCCUCCCCAUUACCAUCGAGCGCACUGUCGAGGCUCUUGUUGCCAACACCAACACUCUCUACCAAAACGCCUUCAUCGGUGGCACCGGUCUUGGCCCUGGCCUCAUGGGCCAGACGUACGCCAACUCCUUCCUCGUCUCCUCGGACGUCACCCACGCCGCCCACCCCAACUUCACGCAGACCAACCUGACCGAUCACUCUCCUCGCCUCAACGUCGGUGUGGCUCUCUGCGUCGAUGCUUCCGCGCACAUGACCACCGACAGUGUCUCCAUGGCUAUCCUCGACCGCGUCGCCGAGCUUUCCGGCUGCGUCAACCAGAGGCAUAUGAUCCGCAACGACAGCCGGUCCGGUGGUACUGUUGGUCCCAUGCUCAGCAGUGCCAUGGGUGUCAAGGCGGCGGAUGUUGGUAUUCCCCAGUUGAGCAUGCACAGUAUCCGUGCCACGACUGGUAGCUUGGAUCCCGGUCUUGGUAUCAAGUUCUACAAGGGCUUCUUGGAUGAGUGGGAGAAGGUUGAUGGCGAGUGGAGGGCUUAAAUCUGUUUAGAUGGACUGUUUGAGACUGGUUGAUCUAACUUGAUGUGCUUAUGAUGGGAUUGGGCUGGCAUGGGAUGGCGUGGUGUUAAUGAUGGGUUUUUAAUCUGUAAUGAACUGAAUGAUGAGUUGGUUUUCUUGGAUAAGAGAGACGAGUCGAGUCUGAUAUGGCAUUGUGGUGCAUUCAGGGAUGGUGUGUUGCUUUUCAGCGUGUUGUUUGGUUCCUAUCAUGAUAGAGGAAGACUAUGCGGUAUAGAUGAUAUACUUCACAGAAGAAUGUUAUGAUGUUCGCAA